AUGAUCUGCAACAACCUUUUUGUAUUUGUCCUAUUGUCCGGAGUUGCCAGUACAAAUGCCUUUGUUCCAACUCGAUUUACCACUUCCAUGGUGCAAAAAUCGGCAUCUUUGACCAAACCCAGCAGUACCGUUCUUGGAGCUUCCACCAUGGAGCCAACCACCACAAGCAAGGAGCCAACCACUUGGGAAUGCGAUGAUGAUCUUACGGAAUGCAGAGAAGUUCCAGCAUGCGAUGAAGAGCAAUGUCGCACUUCCUUGGAUGUUCGUAUUCAUGGAGAGUGGUAUGAUUUGACAGGUUGGCGAAAGGGACACCCAGCUGGAGAACACUGGAUUGAUUACUAUGAUGGACGCGAUGCCACCGAAGUUAUGGACGGUUUCCACAGCAAGAAAGCAAUGAAGAUGUUGGAUCGUUUGCCCAGAAGCAAGCCCGAAGCUACCAAAGCUUUGGAACAGAACGCCGUUCCUGAUUCCAACACACAGAUUGCCUUUCGUAAGCUUCGAGAAGAAUUAGAGGCUGAAGGAUACUGGGAACGUGACAUGGUCCACGAAUACAAGAUUCUAGGUAUCUGGGGAGCCUUGGUUGCCGGUGCUGCUUUCACUUCUGGAGCCGUUCCUCUUCUUUCCACCUUCCUUUUGGGAUUGUCCAUGACGGCUGCUGGAUGGUUGGGUCACGAUUACAUUCACGGAAUUGACGAAUAUGCCUUCAAGUUGCGAAACUUUGCUGGAUUUGCCGCUGGUUUGCACCCCACUUGGUGGUCCGACAAACACAACAAGCACCACGCAUUGACAAAUGAAAUGGGAUGCGAUGAAGAUGUUGCCACCGAUCCAUUCUUGUUCCAAUGGGCACCUGACCCAAAGCAGGAUUCACCUCUUCGAAAGAUUCAACACUUGAUCUUCUACAUUCCCUUUUCUUUCCUUUUCGCCUUGUGGAGAGUGGACUCCAUGAAGGUUGCUGUCGACGCUGUUGAAAACAAGCGCCCUGGGGCCAAGAAUGAACUCUAUUCCCUUCUAGCGCACUACUUGUUUGUCUUGACUGUUUUCCCUUACACUAUUUGGGUCCCAGCCGUUUUCAUGAGUGGAUUGGUCUCUGCCUUGAUUGUGACUCCCACACAUCAAUCGGAGGAAAUGUUUGAGGAAUACCAACCAGAUUGGGUGACUGCUCAAUUUCAAUCGACUCGUAACGCAGUCACUACCAACCCCUUCUCCGAAUGGAUUUGGGGAGGCAUGCAAUAUCAAUUGGAACACCACUUGUUCCCAUCCAUGCCACGCUCCAAGUACCCUUCCCUGCGCGAGAGGCUGAUCAAGUUCGCCGAGGACAACCAAAUCCCAGGCGGAUACCGUGAGACUGGUGAAUUCGAGAUCCUGAAGAUGAACUGGGAACUCUACAAGCGUGUUGCUGAAGCUGAUGCAGUUCCAGGUGCACCUCCUACUCGCGGAAGACCUGGACAACAAGGAGCCAUAGAUAGCACCAACAGUCCUGCAAAUGGCAUUUCAAAAGCAGUAGGAGCUUAA